CCAUGUAUAUUCUGUUUGAAUUUCAGAUUAACUGGUCUGGAAGCUCUCAUGAUUCAAUCCAGUCAAGGAGAGUGGUUAUUUCUCACAAUAUGGAUAAAGCGCUGAAAGAAGUGUUUGACUACAGCUAUAGAGAUUACAUCCUGUCCUGGUAUGGGCAACUCAGCAGAGAUGAGGGGCAGCUGUACCAGCUGCUCUCUGAAGACUUCUGGGAGAUUGCCAAGCAGCUGCGACAGAGGCUGAGUCACGUUGAUGUAGUUAAAGUUGUCUGCAAUGAUGUGGUGAAAGCUUUACUCUCACACUUCUGUGACCUUAAAGGAGCCAAUGCCAGGCAGGAAGAUCCACCCAGACCUUUUUUGCUGCACUCCUGCUUGAGGAGCUCUGAUGAAGAAGUAAGAUUUCUGCAAAAAUGUUCUCAAGUUCUGGUGUAUUGUCUCCUACCCUCAAAGGAUGUCCAGUCUGUCAGCUUGCGCAUAGUCCUUGCAGAAAUACUUGCAACAAAAGUACUGAAACCAGUGGUGGAACUGCUCAGUGAUCCAGAUUACAUUAACCGAAUGCUACUCAGCCAGCUGGAGUACAGAGAACAGAUGAAUGAGCAUCAGAAGAAAGACUACACAUAUGCUCCUUCUUACGAGGAGUUCAUCAAGCUCAUUAACAGCAGCUCCGAUGUUGAGUUCCUGAAACAGCUGAGGUAUCAAAUUGUAGUGGAAAUAGUUCAGGCAACCACCAUCAGCAAUAUUCCCCAAGUGAAGAGACAGAAAGAUUCAAAAGGAAAAGAAACUGCAGCAAUGAAAGCUGACCUACUGAGGGCUCGCAAUGUGAAGAGAUAUAUUAAUCAGCUGACAGUGGCAAAGAAGCAAUGUGAGAAGAGAAUAAGGCUCCUGGGAGGGCCUGCUUAUGAUCAGCAGGAAGAUGGCAUUUCUGAUGAAGGUGAUGGCCCUCCAAGUCAGAAGAUUCUUCAGUUUGAAGAAAUUUUGGCCAACCCUUCCUACCGAGAACACUUCCGGAUCUACAUGGAGAGGAUGGACAAGAUGGCUUUGAUUGGCCUUUGGGAGUCUGUGGAAAAUCUGAAGAGUGCUAACAAGGCUGAAAUACCUCAACUGGUGAGUGAAAUUUACCAGAAUUUUUUUGUGGAAAGCAGAGAAAUACCUGUGGAAAAAUCCCUUUAUAAGGAAAUACAGCAAAGUCUUGUGGGAAAUAAAGGCAUUGAAGUAUUCUACAGAAUUCAGGCAGAUGUUUAUGAAACUCUAAAGGACAGAUACUACCCCUCAUUCAUUGUUAGUGAUUUAUAUGAGAGAUCAGUCAAGAAGGAGGAAGAAAGAAGUUCUGCUCAGCUAACUCCUGAAGACAAAGAUGAAGUGAGCCAAGGUUGUGACGAAGCUACUGAAGAAUGCAGCACAAGAAUUAAUGAACAAGCCAGUUAUGCUGUAAAUAAACUUCGCCAGCUAAAUGACAAGCUUGAGUAUAAGAAACAGGCUCUAAAUUCCAUUUGUAAUUCACCAAAACCCGACAAAAAGAUUGUUUCUAAGCUGAAGGAUGAAAUUACUCUGAUGGAGAGAGAGCACAGUGACCUUCAGCUGCACAUUGCAAGAACAGACUGGUGGUGUGAGAAUCUUGGCAUGUGGAAAGCCUUCAUUGUCUCAGGAGAGGUUUUAGAAGAGAAUGGAGAACAAGUGCCCUGUUACUCUGUCAUGGUGAGUUUACAAGAAGUUGGUGGAGCUGAAACUAAGAACUGGACUGUUCCCAGGAAGCUCAAUGAGUUUCAGAACCUACACCGCAAACUGAGUGAGUGUUUUCCAUCAUUAAAGAAAGUUCAGUUGCCUUCUCUCAGCAAGCUGCCCUUCAAAUCCAUAGACCAGAAAUUCAUGGAGAAAUCCAAGAACCAGCUUAAUAACUUUCUGCAGAAAUUACUCUCUGAUGAAAGACUCUGCCAGAGUGAAGCACUUUAUGCCUUCUUGAGCCCCUCCCCAGAGCACCUCAAAGUUAUUGAUGUGCAAGGAAAGAAGUCAUCGUUUUCACUCUCCUCAUUUUUAGAACGACUUCCUGGUGAUUUGUUUUCUCAUCAGGAGGAAGAAACGGAAGAGGACAGUGACCUGUCGGACUAUGGAGAGGAGGUGGAUGGGAAGAAGGACUCUCUUGCUGAACCGUGUUUCAUGCUGAUUGGAGAGAUUUUUGAACUGCGAGGAAUGUUCAAAUGGGUCAGAAAAACAUUAAUUGCACUAGUACAAGUCACUUUUGGAAGAACUAUCAACAAGCAAAUCCGUGACACUGUACACUGGAUGUUCAGUGAACCAAUGCUUGUUUACUACAUUGGUGUGUUUCGAGAUGCUUUUUGGCCAAACGGGAAGUUAGCUCCACCACCAAGAGCCAAGAGUGAUGAACAAAAGCAGGAGACAAAACAGAGAGCACAGCAAAAACUACUUGAAAACAUUCCAGAUACUCUGCAGAAUCUUGUUGGACAACAAAACGCCCGUCAUGGUGUAGUGAAAGUGUUCAAUGCAUUGCAAGAGAGGAAGGCUAAUAAGCAUCUGCUUUAUGUUUUGCUGGAACUGCUGCUAACUGAACUGUGUCCUGAGCUGAGAGCUCAUUUAGAGCAGCUUAAUGCCACUUAGGUUUGAAUCUGCACAAUUGGACCACUAGAGAAAUGUCUAUGUUCAAGAAUAGACAUGAAACUUAUUUUCCUCUUUUCCAUAGAGGGCUGAGGACUAUGAUUAUUUUUAGCAUUUUUCUUUCCUCUUGAGUUUUUUGUGAAGUAAACAGACUUGAAAAGAUCUGAUGCUGUCGUAGAGUAGACAAAAAAAAAUGCUGUAUAGCUGCCAAUUUUUAUUUAAAUUGUUCUAUUUGACUACUCCUCUGUUUCAAAUAUAGACUGAAAAAUAAAUGUUCAUAUAUGCUGAAAGAAACCAGAAGAUAUUUUAAACAUUUAUGGAAAGAAAUUUUGCUUAUAGUGGUAAACUAAUGAAUGUUGUACAGUUCUAAUCUCCUCACUGAGGAUCUGAGCAUUCCUUUUCUUUUCUUGUGUAUUGAAGAAGCCUUGUCGUGCAAUACUACAUGUAAAGCUAUUGUGAAAAUUUUAUCAAUUUUGGUUUUACCAAAGAUUUCCUGUAGUUUGAAGCAUUUGUAAGCAAUAAAUAUCACAACUGGAUCACAGCACUUGAUAAUGAGGCUGUACUGACAACAGAUCAAUGAGUUUGACCGCACUAGUUUCAUAAGAAAUAUAUACAUUGCUUUGAAGUCUUUGUCAAAAUUAUGUAUUGUAAACUGGUAUGUCCUAACAGAAUGCCUGUGUUAAAUGUUAGUUCAGAGAUUAGUGCUUAUGAACUGCUUCUAUGAAUGAUCAAUUAGACAUUUAAUUAAACCAUUCUGGUAACUUCCCUGAUAUUAUUCAGGGCUGUUUUAUUCAAAUGCCCCAAUUUCAAAUAACCUUCAAAUCUUUCCCUUAUUUUAUACAAGGAAAGAAAACCGUCUUCAGUGGUUGUUUUUUUUUUAAAGUUAUGUAAAAAUAUGUAAAUAUGAUGUUAAUGCACAUCUAAAUAAUUAAACAUCAUCAAAAAUUCCUAGCUGACAUUCAUUACUUCUCAAUUUGGUACAGUUGUGCUCUUAGAAAAACUACUUGCAGUUAUGACUGACUGUAUUGCAAGGUACAUACAGUCUGUAUGAUCUAUUUGAAUCAACAUUUUUAGUAACAUCUAGCCUUCUCUUCCAACAGUUUCAGAAAAGUUUUCAAGUCAUGGUACAGUCCUAAGAAGCAAGGGAAAUUCUGCAUUUAUAAAGUUUCACAAGUAAACAGGCAUUUAGAAAUGUGCAAGCUUACCAUAGCAAUCAGUAAGUUUUCCGAGUGGUUAAUCAAAGUAUCUUUUGAUGAAAGAUCCAGCUUGACUAUGUUCAAACAUACAAACUCCUAACCAAAAGAUUUCCAACUAUUUCUAAUACAGAGACAGUGUGAAUGCAAUAUGAAGGACUGAGGAAAACAGGCCUUGUCCUGUGACAUAUACUGAAUAUUUCCAUACUAAUGUUUGGGGCUCCUUUUUCCACAGUUCUGUAAGUAGUAUUUAUUAGUUUUAGAAGCUGGUAUGGUUUGAAUUGUAAAGCUUGGUGUUCUGCUGGACAGUUUCCAACUCUAAGUCUCUGCAAUCCAAAAGUAAAAUGUAUCAAGAAUCUUAUGUAAAUCUAGAUGCUUUAGAAAGUAUGGGCAAGAAAGUAUAAGCACCACUAACAAUUUAAGCUUUAAAAAUGGUUGUGGCCUGUGAGUGGGCUGUAUGUGAAAAUGAGACAA